CAGACAAGUGGCGCAGCUUGUGGGUGGGCGGAGUUCAAGGGACUGUGGGCGUGGCCCAGGCUGCAGGGCCUGGGAGUCGAGUCUCAGCGGGUGAAAUCGCUGCAUUAGGCGGAGGGGGCGUGGCCUAUGCCCGCAGAGGGCGGUCCAGGCAAGGGGCGGGUCAGGAAGGGGCGUGGACUUUGUCUGCAGAGGAAGAUCAGGCAGGGGGUGUGGUCUGUGUCUGCAGAGGACGGGCCCAGGGGGCGUGGUCUGUGCCUGCAGAGGGCGGGGCCCGUCGCAGAGGGGGCAGCGCCGGCCGAGAGUCCUCUACGCGCCGCUGCUGCGGCCGGUCCACAGCAGCUCUGACAGUCCGCGGCACAGGCACCAAGCCCCUUGCCAACUCCACGCAGCCACAGCGACCUCCGGCUCGUCCCGCUCUCUCUUCCGGCGUUGCGGAGCUGCAUCUGGCGCGCAUCUGGCACCACCCUGGCCACGCUGGAGCCCUCGCCCGCCCUGGCCCGGCCACGCCGGGAGCCCGGCCCCGAGCUGGAACCCCAUCUGGAACCGCGGGCCCGGGGCCCUGAGCCGCGCAGCCGGCGCAUGGUUAACUCGCUGCUGUUCGGGGAGAUGGCCUUGGCUUUUGGUUGCCCGCCGGGGGGCGGCGGCUGCGCAGGCGGUGGCGGUGGUGGGGGGGCCGGGCCGGGGCCCUCGCCCGUAACGGCGGCACUGCGGGACGAUCUGGGCUCCAACAUCCACCUCCUCAAAGGGCUCAACGUGCGCUUCCGCUGCUUCUUGGCCAAGGUGCACGAACUGGAGCGGCGUAACCGGCUCCUGGAAAAGCAGCUGGAACAGCAGCAGAGUGAGCGCGAGCGGCGGCUCCGCUACAAGACCUUCUCCCGCGAGCAGGCCGUGCAGACCGGGCCCGAACUGCUGCGGCCGCCGGCUGCGGGCGGCGGACAGCCCCUCGGUGCGGCCACCGGCGUCAACGCCAACACGGUAGCCCUGGGCGGCCUGCCCCCCGGCGGCGGCUCUCACCCGCAGCACUACGGCCGCCUGCCCGGGACCAUCUGGAGCUACACGCAGGUGCGGCGAACGGGCGGCGGCGGCGUGGAGACAGUGCAGGGCCCCGGCGUGUCGUGGGUGCACCCGGACGGCGUGGGCGUGCAGAUUGACACCAUCACGCCAGAGAUCCGCGCACUCUACAACGUGCUGGCCAAGGUGAAGCGCGAGCGUGACGAGUACAAACGGAGAUGGGAGGAAGAGCUAUCCAAGCGUAUGGACCUUCAGACCAUGGUAGACACACUGCAGGAGGCAGCACAAGAAGCUGAGGCUAUCCAGGAGGAGAUGAACGAGAAGAUUGAACGGCUCAAGGCUGAGCUGGUGGUGUUCAAAGGGCUCAUGAGUGAUCCCAUGACAGACCUGGAUACAAAGAUCCAAGAAAAGGCUAUGAAGGUGGACAUGGACAUCUGCCGCCGAAUCGAUAUCACGGCUAAGCUGUGCGAUGUCGCACAGCAGCGGAACUCGGAAGACGUGUCCAAGAUCUUCCAGGUGGUCCCCAAAAAGAAAGAUCGUAAGGUGGCUUCAGAUGAUGACAUCGCAGAGCAGGAUGGGGAGGUGAAUCGGUUCUCAGAUGAGGAGGUCGGCUCCAUGAACAUCACGGACGAGAUGAAGCGCAUGUUCAACCAGCUGCGGGAGACCUUUGAUUUUGAUGACGACUGUGACAGCCUGACUUGGGAGGAGAAUGAAGACACGCUGUUGUUAUGGGAGGAUUUUACCAACUGUAACCCGACCAUUGACCUGCAGGGAGAGCAAGAAGAAAACUUGGGCAACUUGAUCCAUGAGACUGAAUCCUUCUUCAAGACGAGAGACAAGGAGUACCAGGAGACGAUAGGCCAGAUCGAGCUGGAGCUGGCCACAGCCAAAAGCGACAUGAACCGACAUCUGCACGAGUAUAUGGAGAUGUGCAGCAUGAAGCGGGGCCUGGAUGUGCAAAUGGAGACCUGCCGCCGGCUCAUCAAGGGCUCUGCAGACAGGAAUUCACCGUCCCCCAGCUCUGUGGCCAGCAGCGACUCAGGAAGUACAGAUGAGAUCCAGGAUGACUUGGAGCGGGAGGCGGACGUGGAGCCCAUGGUCAGCUGAUAACGGAGACCCUGCGCACCUGGUGGUCUCGGUGAUGGGGCACAGCCUCCUCUCCUCGCUGAGCCACGAGGGCUCCUCACCACAGAGACUUCUGUCCUCCCUUCUCCGGAGGCCCAGCGGGACCGCUGCUUCCUUCCUUCCUUGACCACCCACCCACCCACCCACGGAAUGGUGCUGUCGAUUUUCUAUCGUUCUCCACAUCACAAUUGCAGACUUCUGUGCGGCAGUGCAGUGCAAUGUGCCUUCUCCCUUAAGCUGAGCCACUUUGAGCUCCAAAGAAUUCUUCCUAGCAGGUGUUUUUUAUACAAAACUCUAAGGUGAGGGUGGGGCCUGGGGUGUGGUAUCUUUUGGUUUUUCUUCCUCUCACCUGCUCCCCUGAUUGGCCAUGAGCUUCGUCCUCCCUCCCCAUGUCCUGGCCCUGACUAGAAGUCAAGUCGGUGGCCAUUUGGGGGAGUCUGCCUUCCAGAGGAAGGAGGCUGUUUACGUACAGACCUGGGUGAGGACUCCUUAAUACUUUCUCACCCACUGAAAGAGAGAGGUGGAUGGAAUGGCGGGAGGGAAGACCAAUCUUUUUUUUCCUUCUUUUGGAUCUAGUGGCAAUGUGUUGGGGCAAGGCACUGUGGGGGACGGUAGAGCCUCACUGUUUAAACUAUGCAAAAAAACAAAAACAAAAACAAAAAGCAGCUUGCCUUAUAUCAGUGGGAAGGCAGGCCCUCUCUCAGACUUCUGGGAAACCCUCAUAGCCUCUGAGGGUGAGCCGUGGAUCUGGGGGUGGUCCCAUUCAGGUCUCUGGUGAGGCCUGCAUUCUGUAAGCUGGCCUACUGGACUGCUGGCUU